AAAAUUUCGAAACUUUGCAUCAGAAAUCAGAGAAAGGAGAAGAAAACACGAAAGAUGUGCGGAGAUGUUGGUUCCGCAAGGAAGAUGAGGAAUCCAUAAAGUAAGCAGGAGAAAGGGUUGGAGAAGAAAAUGGAGAAAUCAAUGGAAGGAUCGGUUGCCGCGCCGAUUAUAUUCCUUAUCGUCGUCGCCGUUCAGUACCUUUCCCGUUAUGUCGAACUCAAUACCAGUAGAGUUGCUGUAAAUGCUGCAGAGUUGAAGUUGCGUGCAGAAAUUAAGCAGCUGCAGAAGGAAGCGAAUGCCAUGUCACAGCCUUCAACAUUUGCACAAGCUGCCAAACUAAGGAGGACGGCAGCAGCCAAGGAGCAGGAGCUUGCAAAAAAUCAAGAAAAGCUCAUGAAAGAGAUGAAAUCGUCAUAUGAUAAAAACAGAAAGGCCCUAAUGGUUGUAAAGGUCUUGACUUACUUCUUGAUGAUUAUCUGGUUUUGGCGUAUCCCUGUAGCUUCCAUACCUAAGCAGCUCCUGCAACCAUUCGGUAGGAUAUUGUCUUGGCGAUCUGGAGGUCCAUCGAAUGAAAAUGUGAUGGUGGGAGUCAUUCCAUGGUUAAUAUUGUCCACUAGAGUCAGCAAACUUAUCUGCCGGAAAAUAUUCAAAUAGGAGAGUAAGGCUCUAGAUACACAUCAAUCGAAAAGAAGAUGGCCAGUCUACUGAUGUGUAUUUAUUUGAUUGCAAUUAAUAGUCACAUCGAUCUGUAGAUGAAAUUUUGUCCUGAAUGAGUCGAAUAAUACUGUAUCAUUUUUGACAAGAUACAUUAGUGUGAAGAGUAACUCGUAAACCUUUGUGUGGUAGUGCCAACAGUGUCAUUGCCACAGAAAGCAAAGCUAUACUCACUGUAGCUAUAGAGGUGUGGAAUCAUGAAUAGUAACUGAAAUAAACAUAGUUAUAGGUAACCUUUUUUCUUUU